GCCGGGAUCUGCCCACCAUGGCUCACACACCGCCUCGGCUUCUGCAGCGACGCAGGAUUCGGCCACUUCUGAACAAACAGUAAGAACCACGCGAGAUGGCGAGUGCCCAGGCAGCUACAGAGACUUCCACUUCCUUCCUGGGCGAGGGGCGGGACUUCCGUUUUUGGCUCUUUUCUUUUGGCUGUGCCCCUUUUCUGCUCAUCUCGUGGAAGAGAAGAGACAACCACGGGCCUGUGUGCUGGCUCGCCCUCCAGCAGGGUCACGAGGAAGACACUGCAGCCCAAGAUGAAGAGAAAAAGACCAUCCUUGCCGACAAUAAGUGCCAGUGUGCCCGGGUUAGUUCCAGGGUCAUCCGCUCCCCCGAAAACCCUAAUGAGGACAUCGUGGAGAGAUACAUCCGAAUUAUUGUUCCUGUGAACAACAGGGAGAAUAUCUCUGAUCCCACCUCACCACGGAGAACCCAGUUUGUGUACCAUUUGUCUGACCUCUGUAAAAAAUGUGAUCCUGUAGAAGUGGAGCUGAAUAAUCAGGUAGUUACUGCCACACAGAGCAACCUCUGUGAGGAAGACGGUGAGCCAGAGACCUGCUAUGCUUACAACAGGAACAAGUGCUACACAGCUGUGGUCCCACUUACAUACGGCGGCGAGACCAAGCCAGUGAAAGUGGCCCUGACCCCCGACUCCUGCUAUGCUGAUUAGCCCCGGUCUUCCCUGCUUGGGCAUCUGUCUUGAGAGGCUCUCCAUUUCAUUCAGACAGUUAGCAUAUUCACGCCAGUGAAUUUUAAGCCAAAUUUUAAAAUAUUUAGAUAAUGCAAGACUCACUUCCCCAUAAAAAUGUAAAGUUUUUACGCAUUUGGUAAUUUCUUCUCAAACCUAAAUAUUAAAAUUGGUCAAUUAUUGUGCUUGUCAGAGGGGUAUGCUUCCCUAAGGUCAUAGUUUUUAGCAUUUAAAAAAAUAAGACAAAGAAAAUAAAACUCAAAGUGUAAAAACCUGGAGACAUAAUUAAAUGUCCUUUUUUUUUUUGCUGUGCUUUGUUUUGGAGAGCCAGAGCUUUUGCAUAUUCUGUGCCAUUCUUCUUUAAAAAAAUUUCACUGUGUAGAGAAAAUAUAUGUGUAAACAUAGGUCAGUUAUAUAUCUUCAUUAGAAAAAUGAUCAAUGGAGAACAUGUUCUGGAACUGUGUACAAAAUUAUUAAAAAUGUAAUCUUUAAUAUUUAUGAAACCAAUUUGCUGAAAAUGAUGUAAUUAAAACAUAACUGAAAAGACACAUUUUGACAUAAUACACAGACCUGGCAGAAGAACUUGCUUUUUUGGUAAAAUUUUUUUCAGCAAUCAAGUUAGUGUAAGAAAUUCCCAUUGGAAAUCAUCUUUGUUGCAACUGAAUCUAAUGAAAUGUUUUUUUAAAAUAUGCGUUCUCUAACACAGUUUAAACAAUUAAAUAGAUUCAUAAGCAUAUACCUGUGUGAAAUAAUUUAUUAGAAAAAAUUCUGUGUUUACUUUCUUUUUUUCUUUUUAUGUUAACUUUCUGGGAAGUGAACCAGGGCCUUGGGCAUGCUAGGCAAACCCACGACCACUGGGCUAUAUCCCCAUCCCCUUAACUUUCAUAUGUAUAAAUUGAAUAUAAUUUGUUAUUGGUGAACAAUUUGUAACAGCAAUGAAAUUAUGCAUUAGUCACUAAAUUCAUAUCUUUAUAUAUUUGACCAUUUUACAUCCAAAAUUAAAUAAAAAGGCAAGGUCUUCAUGACACAUAAAUCUUUAUGGAAGAAAGCAAAGGCUAGUUGACAUAUAUCUGAAGGUACUUCAGAAAGUAAAUGCUGACUCUUGAUUUAAAAUCGUAGGGGAAUAUUGGGUAAAAAUCAGUUUCCGUGAGGCAUUCUUCUGUUUCCUUUUUAAAAAGAAUGGUAGCCAUUUUGAGUAACCUCUGUGUUUAUAAUUAUUACUCAGCUUUUCUUUAGGCGUAAGUUAGGAUACUCUCUGUACAUCAGUAAGAAUUAAUAGUUUUGGUAUAUGAAGUAUGGUUGAAAAAUUUGGUGAAUGCUUAAAUAAAAAAACUACUUCCAUAAAA